GGAUUAGUCAGUUUCUUGUCAACGGCUUAGUGAGCACGCAAUAAGUACUAAAAAUCUUAUCAGUCUGUUCUUUGAUUACACCCCGUCGUCGCCAUCCUCAGUACUACUGUCCUGACCCAAUAGCACACAAUAAAGCUCACGCCAUCUUGACUCAUGACGCUAAACUUGCAGGGACUCAACCUCAUUCACAGUGCACCUCAGAAUGAUUCUCAUGACCCACUAGCAUCCCCACCUUUCCCCGAUUUCUCAGCCCACCUUGACUUGUGGACAAACCUUGCUUUUGAAACUGAUGAGCCUCUUGCUCACAGCAAGGGAAAGAGAAAAUUGGUCGAAGACUCGGAAGAAGAUUCUGCUGCUUCUCCGUUAGGUCUCCCCACCCACGACGGCCAUGAAAACGUCGUACACCCUCCAAACACUACCAUUAUCCCCCAUUCGGAUGAUGCGCCGUCAUUUGAUCUGAACGCGUUAUUGGCUGGAUUUGGGAUUGACCCAUUCCUACCACUACCUUCAGCGCCGGCACCCACAGAGAAUGUAGCAUCCGCGCCUUCGCUUGCACAACUCCUUGCCUUGCAUACUGCUCAAGGAGGAACUUACUCGGUGCCUCCCCCUCCCCCUGUUGUGCAGGCUCAGCCUGCUCCACCUGCUACUAAGCGAGCUCGUACUGCCAAAAGCUCUGGUUCUAGUCCUACGUUUACAGAGACACCCGAACCCUUAUCCCCGUCCUCACCCACUGGGGAAGAUGAUUGCACCAGUCCUGUCACCGCUGCAGAAGACAAACGUCGCCGCAAUACGGCAGCUAGCGCACGGUUCAGGUUGAAGAAGAAGGAACGGGAAGUUGCCCUUGAGAAACGCGCAAAGGAGCUUGAAGAACGUGUGACUGAGCUGGAACGGGAGUGCGAGGGUCUCCGUCGAGAGAAUGGCUGGCUGAAGGGGCUUGUUGUGGGUGUUACGGGUGCCGGUGCCGGUGCCUCCAAAUAGGAGGUCAAAUGACGGCGUCGCGCUGCUGAGCGAUAGUCUCUAUCAGACAGAACGCUCUCGGCGUCUGGCGCCGGAGACUUCUUGCCAUAUCCCUCCGCGAGGUGAUCGAGAGAUAUUGUUUAUGAUCUGGUACUCGGAGUUUGGCCUU